UGUGCCAUUCAGCAGCAUUUGAUGCAGUUGACGGUGUGAUUUUCGAGUGUGAUAUGAUCGAGCUGUGUUGGGCUAGGAAACAAAUACUGGGUUGAGUAAAGAUCCUGAUAUAAAGUUAGAAUUUUUUCACAUGUGAUGUAUUGAUGCGUUGGGCAAGGCAGCUAUAUGGUUGCUUAAAAUGAUGAGGUGGUGUACAGACAGCGAGAACGAUCUAUAUGCUCUUUCCUUAUGAUCAAAGUUGAUGGGAAAGACGAGAGAUUGAAUAUGAAUACGAGGGAAAAAGACAUUGUAAUUAGGAGGCAAAGAUGUGACAAACCCGAGAGAAAGAUAGAGAGAGAGUCAGCGUUUUGGAACUUGAACAGUGGCAGCUAGUACUUUGGUUGUGGAAUUUCUCACAUUUCUCUUCACUAUAUAAAGUGUUUUGCACUCAUCUUGCCUUGGUGUAUGCGAUCCUUGUGCCUGCUGUGGGAUCCAUAGCCCAAAAUUAAAGGUGGUCAUUUUCUCUCGUGAAACUCUCUCUCUAGACCAGGCUCUAUCUACCUAGCCUUAUCAACAAGAAUUUGAACUCGAACUAGAGGCCACGAAGAGGGAGAAGAAGAGCGCGCAUCCUGUUGUGAACUCGACUUUUGACAGAUGAGGAUAUUGAAUUGGAUGCAAGGGAAGAAGCCAAAUGGUGGAAAGGGGAGCAAAAGAACUACAUCGAAUUCAAUCAAGGAUGAAACGGUGCACAAGACUCACCCAGAAGAAUUCAACAAUGGACCUCAUGUGUUGCUGGCAAUCGGUACGUUUGGAGAUGAGAAUCUGAAUCAAGCACACACGAAGAGGUCUCGAGAGAAUCCAUCGUCUUCCCUGCAACAGCACCUUCAAGAUCUUACACCUGAAGAACUAAGAAAACUUCAGAAAGAGUUCAAUAUAUUAUUAGAUGAACACCUCAAGCAAUCGUCUCCAUCAUUGGAACUCGAAGUAAGAAAGCAUUGUCAAUCAAACAUAUUUCUUAGCAGACAAUCAAGCUUCGAAUUUGAAACAACAAAGAACAAACCAUAUCACGAUGAGUUGAAUGAGAAGAGCGAUAGUUUCCAGCAUGUCAUACUCAGUAAAGGCAAAGAUGUUGGUGUGGAAGAUUUCGACACUACCGUUAUUGGCAAAAGGACUUUAUCUCUCCUUCUCAAAAAGAUUUUCAUCUGCGGAGGUGGUAGCGCACAUGCUGCGGUUGCUCCUCCUCUGAGAAUCCCGAAUCUGGAGUCUAAAAUGGAGAAGAUGUUGAGGACAAUACUCCAUCGGAAGAUAUAUCCCCAAAGCUCCAAUGUCCGAACGUCAUCCAUGAAAAAGUACCUGAGAAAGAAAAGUAUGCCCAACAAUGAAAACGAAGACGAAAAGAACGAAAAGACUGUCGAUGGAAGUAAAUGGGUCCAGACUGAUUCUGAAUAUAUCGUUUUAGAGAUCUGAGUAGCUGCUACCUGCCAUGUGUGCCUCUGCGAAAGAAAAGAUAACAAGAUAUCAUUUUCUCGCUCGCUUGCUUGAUUGUCUGUUUGAAUGUUUAGCUGUUGUAUUUAUCUAACAAUUUGGAGGCAAUUGAAACUGAGCUUGAGUUUA